AUGAUGAAAUCUCUAUGCUUGUUACUCUGUCUCCUGUUUUCUGCCCAAGCCCAGUACUACAGCCAUCAACAAAGACAACAGACCCCAACCCAGCCAAUCCCAGCCGUCUACUACUAUCCGAAACCUUGCUUUGAAUGCAAGUCUCCUCUUGUGACCGUUGUGCAAAUUCCCUCGGCUUACAAGGAUAUCUCUUCGGAAACUAUCCAACAGUACCUUCAGCAACAGCUUUUCCUUCAAUCGAUGGGAUUGGGCUCGCUUGGGUUCUCCCCGAUGAUGAUGGGGUUAAGCGGGGGAAUGGGCGGUGGUGGAAUGAGUGGAGGACAACAAGGUCUCACUCAACCUCUCCAAAUGAUGGCUAUGAUGCAUUUGAUGCAGUCACAAGGAAUGAGCUACUAUCAACAAAUGCAAAUGUUGGCAAUGAUGCAGAUGGCAAAACACGGCAGUAAAUACUAUCAACAACAAUUAGAACGAUUCAUGGGUGACCCUGAUGAGCCUCAAAAAGCGUCACCACAAAUGAGAAAAGGACUUGAGAGCACGACACAGAAAACGAUUGUUGUGGCGGAAGCCGUCCAAGUCACUCGACCGCCAUCCACUCGUCUCAUCCUAGCUCAACCAGCCUAUAAUAAACGUUCA